GAGACCACAAAACUAUUGCUUCUAUUCGUCCAUUAAACAUUAAUCGGGAAACGCAGAAAAAAAAAUCCAUUUUCCGGUAUUUUUUUUAGUUAUAUGUGAUCAUGACUUCACAGCCAUGACGCAAACCCGAUAUUAUCUAACUCGGAGCCCCGAACCCGAAAAGGAGAAAAGCAGAGGGGGAGGAGGGGGAACCGCCAUGAGAGUAAUAGUUCCUCUACAAGGCGUUGUUCAAGGAAGAGGAGGUCUAGUUUUAGGCUCCUUAAUCCCUUGCGCGCUCUUUUACUUUCUCCAAUUCUAUUUGAAGAGAAACCGCGAUGACACGAAUGACCAGAACGAAUCCAAUUCCCCGCCCCAGAACCCAACGCCGUCGUCCGACCAGCUGACGGAGCUUCCUACGCUAACACGUAGUCUGUCUCGGGCUUUUCUGUCGCCGAGAAAUCCAAGUGGACCUGUUCCGAUUGCAGCUCGCGUUAGUGGGAUUGUGAAGGGUGCGGAUUCUCCAUAUUAUAUAGGAUUGAGGCGGGUCAAGGAGGAUCCUUAUGAUGAAUUGGAUAAUCCGAAUGGGGUCAUCCAACUGGGUUUAGCAGAAAACAAGUUGUCGUUGGAUUUGGUUAAGGACUGGCUAGCUGAGAAUGCGAGCAAAGCGAUAUUGGGAAACGGAAAAGAGCUGAGCAUUAGCGGCAUUGCAACUUACCAGCCUUUUGAUGGAUCGAUGGAGUUUAAAGUGGCUGUGGCAGGAUUCAUGUCUCAAGUCAUGGAGAAAGAUGUUUCAUUCAAUCCUUCACAGAUAGUGCUGACUGCUGGUGCAAACCCUGCAAUUGAGAUUCUUAGCUUCUGCUUGGCAGAUACUGGAAAUGCAUUUCUUGUUCCAACACCGUGUUACCCCGGUUUGGACAGGGAUGUAAAAUGGCGAACUGGGGUUGAAAUAAUCCAUGUUCCUUGCCGAAGUGCUGACAACUUCAAUUUAAGUAUAGCUGCUCUUGAUAGAUCCUUCAACCAGGCAAAGACAAGAGGGCUGAAAGUGCGUGGGAUUAUAAUAUCGAACCCCUCAAAUCCUGUUGGCAGUCUUCUAAGUCGGGAAACGCUUUACAGCCUGCUAGACUUUGCCAGAGAGAAGAACAUCCAUAUUGUCUCUAACGAAAUAUUGGCUGGUUCUACUCAUGAAAAUGAAGAAUUCAUAAGCAUGGCAGAAAUCAUUGAGCAGGAAGAUAUUGACAGGAAAAGAGUCCACAUUGUGUAUGGUUUGUCAAAAUAUCUUUCUCUUCCAGGCUUUCGGGUUGGUGUUAUCUACUCUUUUAAUGACGACGUUAUGGCUGCUGCUAAAAAGUUGACAAGAUUCUCGGCCAUUUCAGCUCCAAGCCAACGUCUGCUUAUUGCCAUGCUAUCUGAUACGAGGUUCAUUCAAACAUUCAUUACCACAAACAGGGAGAGGCUUCAAAGGAUGUAUGUUCAGCUUGUUGCAGGACUGGAAAAAAUGGGCAUAAAGUCCAUAAAAAGCAGUGGGGGUUUCUACUGUUGGGCUGACAUGAGCGGGCUAAUCAGCUCUUACAGUGAGAAAGGAGAAUUUGAGCUUUGGGAUAGAUUGCUGAAUAUAGGCAAGCUCAAUGUAACUCCAGGAUCCUGUUGUCAUUGUAUCGAACGGGGAUGGUUCCGCUUCUGUUUUGCCACUUUGACAGAGAAAGAUAUCCCUGUUGUUAUGGAAAGGAUUCAGAAAGUUUUGAAACCUGUAAAUUGAAUAGUUGAAAUGCUGUUGAUUAAUUCUGUCAUUUUA